AGGAGCUCCGGUCUGAGGCCUUCCAGACCCGCGUUAUAUGAAGAGGAGAUGGUGAUGAUGGUGGUGAUGGUGGCGGUGGUGAACCUCCAGGCACUGGUCAGUGCUUUCCAUCAAUACAACGGAAUGAUCCAUCCAGUACCUUCUACUGCCACCACCAUCACUACCCCUACCAGUCCCUUCACCACCGUCACCAUCACCACCACCACCAGCUUCGUCACCACCACUAUCACUCGUGUCACCACUGCCCCCCACAUGGUGGUAGUGACGACAACACACGGUCCUCUACUACUGCGUCAGCGCCGCCACCUCCACUCUCUCCUGCGGCCUGCGCCCAUGGUCAAGACUAUGAAGAGGAUCAAGGACAUGAUGAGGCUGAUGACGCAGGAGGGGACGCAAGCUGCCCACGACCCUCUCAUGAACCAACUUCUGGAGCUCGCUAAUGAAAUCACAGAGUCCAUGAUGCCCACCGCAUGGAAACCAGGCACUGCCACCACGCCCGCUACCAUGGCUGAUGUCUCCAUUGUGUCCACUGCCGUAAAUGACGCUACUAUCACUCCCACAAUGUCCGCCAAGGUGACAAGGACCACGGUGUCCGACACCACCAGAGUAUCCAAAACCACAGUGUCUGACACCACCAUGAUAACAAAGACUAUACCAGGUGCUGUUAUAGUAAAUACAGUUACCUCGUCCUCCGACAUGACAGAUGCAACGUCCAGCGCCACGGACCAGAUAUUCUUGGAACGCGUCAAGAAGGCUCUUGUGGCCUCCGGAAUCGAACUGGUUCUGCCGCUCGACUGUGGACGGAACCCACUGAACACCACCGCAGCGCUGGAGAGCGGGCAGCUCCCCUGGGUGGUAGCUCUUGGGUCUCGAGAGAACGGCAGGUUCCACUACCGCUGCACAGGUGUCAUCAUCACCAACUUUCACGUCCUCACUGACGCUGACUGUGUCGCAUCUCCCCACAUCAAUGUGGUUCAAGCCAGCGCGUCGGGAGUGAUACCUGACCCGGACGCUGUGGAGAACUACGUGGCCGGACGCCGGAUUCAUCCAGAUAUCGAGUCCAAAGAUGACCUCUUCUCCGGCAUUAACAUCGGCCUCCUCGAGUUAGCCCAACCAUUCGUCUUUGGUGACCACAUCCAACCUGUGUGUCUCCCUGGAGUCUUCGAGGAACAGGACACGGAGGCUUCCUACUUCGUCACCGUCGCUGGCUUCAACAACAUCGUCGAUCUUCCAGAAGGUCGUACAGCGAGAAGGUACCAGGCAUCGAUGGUAGGGGCAGAGGGCGCCGCUCCCUGCUUCUACAGAACCCGUGUCGACCCUGACUUCUCGUCCAUGUUACACACACUACUCACUGAUAAACACCUCUGUGUCUACAUCAGCUUUGAAACGGUGGGCAAGUCUGUGCUGCUGGUGGAGGAGGAGCAGACAGGCAGAGUUCGUGUAGUGGGUGUUGGAGGGUUCGCCAACGCUCGCUCCACCGUCCCCGUGGCCUACACCCUCGUCCAACCCUACCGCUUCUGGGUCGAACUUGUCUUAAAGAAAUUCCUCGACAACGUCGCCACCCGUAGCUGAGGCUGCUACUUACAUCAUCGUGUUUCUAUGAAGCGCUAAAACCCUGUGGAUGGUUCAUCGGAGGGAGGGGUGGAGGCUCGACCCUUCGUUUACUAAUAACGGUUCUGUUUCUGAUCACUCAGGCUGUUGGCAACCGUAUCUGGUGCUGCUAGCACAGACGACUUUAAUCAGGACUUCCUUGAAUCAGUUGAGAAACUACUGUUCAUCACAUGAUUGGAAAACUUUCUCUCAGAAAUGUUCCUUCUUGCAAAAGAACAUGUGGUUUACGAAUGUGAAGCGUUAAACCUGUGUGGGUCACUUAGAGUAAGGCUUGUGGAGGCUCGAUCCUCCGUCUCACUCAGCUUGUCACUACCAACCAGUAGGGGCGGUCACAGGUGGUGAGGGUCAGGGCAAGCACACAGCUGGUGUAAUAUGACAGUUUACCUUAAAAAGAAACACAGCUGAUGUAAUAGGUCAGUUUACCUUCAAAAGAAACACAGCUGGUGUAAUAGGUCAGUUUACCUUCAAAAGAAACACAGCUGGUGUAAUAGGUCAGUUUACCUUCAAAAGAAACACAGCUGGUGUAAUAUGACAGUUUAUCUUAAAAAGAAACACAGCUGGUGUAAUAUGACAGUUUACCUUAAAAAGAAACACAGUUGGUGUAAUAGGUCAGUUUACCUUCAAAAGAAACACAGCUGGUGUAAUAGGUCAGUUUACCUUCAAAAGAAACACAGCUGGUGUAAUAGGUCAGUUUACCUUAAAAAGAAACACAGCUGGUGUAAUAGGUCAGUUUACCUUCAAAAGAAACACAGCUGGUGUAAUAGGACAGUUUACCUUAAAAAGAAACACAGCUGGUGUAAUAGGUCAGUUUACCUUCAAAAGAAACAGCUGGUGUAAUAGGACAGUUUACCUUAAAAAGAAACACAGCUGGUGUAAUAGGUCAGUUUACCUUCAAAA